UCAGCUGUGGGGGAGGAAGGAGCAAGAAUCCACCAUGGCUGUCCAAGAGAACUGCGGCUCCAGCUGCCUCUACGAGGCCCUUGUGGUGGGAGCAGGGAUCCAGGGCUCCUUCACCGCUUAUCACCUGGCCAAACGGGGGCAGAAGACCCUCCUGCUGGAGCAGUUCCCUUUGCCCCACACGCGGGGAAGUUCCCACGGGCAGAGCCGCAUCAUCCGCAGCGCCUACCCCCAGGACUACUAUGUGGCCAUGAUGAAAAGGGCUUAUCAGCUGUGGGCAGUGCUGGAGACAGAGGCUGGGACCCUCCUCCACAGACCAACCCCGAUGCUGGUUCUGGGGCAGCAGCAGAACUCCGAGUUCCAGAGCUUCUGGCAGACCAUGCAGCGCCUUGACAUCCCCCAUGAAGUCUUCACCCCGCAAGCCCUCGCCCAAAAGUACCCAGAGAUCCAUCCUCAUGGCGGGGAGAUGGCCGUGGCUGACCUGACAGCAGGUGUCCUUUACCCUGACAAGGCACUGCAAGCAGUCCAGGAGCAGUUCCAGCGCAGUGGAGGAACUGUGCGGGAUGGUGAAAAAGUGCUCAGGAUCCUUCCUGGGAAUGUGGUCACUGUAACAACCAACCGAGGGGAGUACCGGGCGAAACACCUUGUGAUCACAGCAGGACCCUGGACUGGCUGCCUCCUGGCUCCGCUGGGAGUGCAGCUGCCUCUUCAGCCCCUGCGCAUCCAUGUCUACUACUGGCAGGCAAAAGGACCGGGAACUCGCAGCCACGUGGAACAUCUGCCUUGUUUUCUGGGCAUUAGCCUCAACCAGGAAGCACACCACAUUUAUGGGCUGCCAAGCGACGAAUAUCCAGGUCUUGUCAAGAUCUGCUAUCACCAUGGAAGCCCCGUGGAACCGGAUCAGCCCGAUCAACUGGACCGGGCCUCUGCUGUGCCUGAUCGCCAGAUCCUCCAGGAUUUUGUGAGGAACUACCUGCCAGGGCUUGAUCCUGAACCGGCUGUGGAAGAACGCUGCUUAUAUACAAACACACCCGAUGAGGACUUCGUCUUAGAUCGGCACCCACGGUUUAACAACAUCAUCAUUGGGGCAGGAUUCUCAGGCCAUGGGUUCAAAUUUGCCCCUGUCAUUGGAGAGAUCCUUUGCAAGCUGAGCCUGGGGGAGGAGACCCCUUACAACCUGGCGCCUUUCCGGAUCAGCCGCUUCCUGCCCUCCCCCAAAGCCACCCUGUGAAUGCCGCCGUCUUCGAUGAAAUUAAGAUCGAGAGCACUACGCUGCUUUAAAAAAGAAAUACUCUUUGAUGGGGUUGCCAAUCGCCAGGUGGGGCAGGAGGAGAGAGCCACACAGGCGUUCUCGUUAAAUCAACCUCAGAUCCUUCGAAAUUCAAUUGUUUAUAUAACAAAUCAUUCAUAGCAAAUACAGCGUAUCACCAAGUGCAAUGCUGUGAAAACAGAGUCCAAUGCUCCAACUGGACUCUGUUUUCAUGGCAUUGCACACUACUUCCCGACUCCAUUCUCAAGGAACAAACUGUCAGACAUCAAUAUAGGACUGGUUGUUUCGGGAGUAGUUUUUCUUUGCACUUUGCGAUACGCUGUAUUUUCUACGAAUGAUUUGUUAUAUAAAUAAUUGCAUUUUGAAGGAUUUGAGGUUGAUUUAACGUGAAUGUCUAUGUGGCUCUCUCCUCCUGCUCUACCUUGUCACGUUACUCUGUUUGGUUGCUAAAUCCUCAGGUGGGGGGUGGGGAUCCCCCGGUUUGGAGGCCCUCCCCCCGCUUCAGGGUCAUCAGAAAGGGGGGGGAGGGAAAUGUCUCCUGGACACUCCAUUAUUCCUUAUGGAGAUCAAUUCUCGUAGGGUAUAACGGAGACUUGAUCCUUGAGACUAAUGGAGACUUGUCUCCUAGUCAUAUUUGGGAAGAGGAACCAUUCUCCCAGCUCAUACAUUCCCCUUCCAUAGAGAAGGGAUGGGUUACAGCCAAGGUUUUCACUCCAAUAACAGAUCCAUUGAAAUGAAAGUCCACCCCCCUCUCCCAAAGUCCCCACCACCUCUUGACUGCUGUUCAAAGUAGUGCAAUAAAACCCGGGGAAAGUCA